AUGUUAGGGUUCCUCGACGCAUUUAAAGUACGUCCGGCGCGGGCGCUGGUCGCUUUUGCUGGAUUUUCAAACAAUAAAAUUAUAAGCGAUUCGGUUAAAAAUAACUCGGCGGCUACUGUUGGCGUAUUCCUGAAGUUCGAUCAGUCCGGCCUGGAAGCGUGCGGUGCGCCCGCGCAACCAUCCACAACUGCCAGAACACCCCCAAAUUGGUCCUGCCUGGAGUGUAAGGGCAAUAAGACCAGGGACUCUCCGUUAUCCGAUACUAUAAUUUCUGAAUUGCAAUUGUUACGUACAGAACUGGCAAAUCAAAUGGGUGCUAUCAGGGAGGAUAUGGCGUGCUUCUCCACUCGAAUAGAUAAACUAUUUGAGUCAGUGCACAAUUUGGGAGAUAGACUCGAUAAUGUCGAAAGCAGGAUUUCUGUUUUAGAAAAUAAAUCAGAACUUUCACCUAGCCAAGACUGUAACUCGAACCAGGAUUUAUUAUCAUCUAUAUCGCAGUUAAAAACGGAAUUAAACGAUCGAGAUCAGGAAUUGUUACUGACGGACAUUGAAAUCUCUGGAAUUCCAGACAACGAAGGUGAAAAUUUGUCGCAUUUGGUCACUCUGAUUGCGUCAAAGCUCAGCGUUGUGGUUCAUGAAGACGACAUCGUGAGUGUUCAGAGGGCAAAGGCCUAUAGUCGUAAUCGCAGUAAUGGAAGUGGGCCGAAACCAAGUAGCCGAUCGAUAUACGUACGAUUCACAAGACGUUCAAUACGAGACAACUUAUUAAAAAGUGCACGUGUACGCCGAGAUGCCGACACGUCAGGAUUAAAUCUACCGGGCGAUCCGCGCCGAUUCUAUCUGAAUGAACGUCUUACGCGCCACAACAAGCACCUCUUCUAUAAGGCUCGCGAGGAAAAGAAACGACUAAGCUGGCAAUACCUAUGGACCAAAGAUGGGAAUAUAUUUGCUCGUCAGAAAUCGGACACAAAAGUUAAACGAAUUCGUACUGAAGCAGACUUGGCCGUGGUUUUUGGUGGUCCCGAAAAUUAG